CAUUUCAGAGACUUUUCCAUUCUUUCUGAAGACUCAUUCGUGUUCUGCACUUUCCUUCUUCCUUCCUUUUUUUUUCAUCUCUGUACACGUCUUCCAUUUUCACUGCUGUUCGUUUACGCUUAUAUCUUCCUCUCAGAGACUUUGCAUGUCACUAAGGUUGCUUUGCAUGCUGUGCUGCUGACUGCAUCACCUCAUCUCAAUGGCAGAACACUCUUGGAAAAGUUUAAUAUAUUCAACAAUCCAAAAACUGUUGAGGGCACCUUCGCUUUCUUGAACUUGUUUGUGCUACACUUGGUAAGAACUAAGAAACCUUGUCUUAGUACUGCAUACUCCAUAAUUGUAAUGAAUUCUAUUGCACAGAUGGUACUUUUCAAAGUCAACUCAAGAAUCUAUAAAAAACCACUUAAACAUGAGAGUAUUAGGCAUAGGGAAAUCAAAGUUAUCUUCUGUUUCUACAUAAUGUUUACCUAGUAACAAGCAGUUUCCUACUGUAGGGACUCAAACCUAAAGAUUUUGCAGAUAUAGGGACUAAAUGAGUAACUAAGCAUCUUUGAUUUAAACAUGACUUGGAAUGAAAAUUCUGCCUUCAGUGAUUGUUUUCUGAUUACAUGAUAGAUUCUCUCCUUGUCCACAGUAAUAGGUAUAGGUAAAUUUAUUUUCUGCAGAUGGUGUGUGUGUGUGUGUAAAAAAAUAAAAAUUCUCCUCUUUGGCAAACUUGACCAUAGUUAUGUAAUUACAACUCUGCGCUUUGAUGAAGAUAAGCAGUUUUGUGCAUGUUUUAGUUCAGUUAUUAAUAACCAAUGAGUUUAUUAGAAUGUCCUGUUCGUGUUUUUUAUGGAUUAAGUAUAUACAUAUAUAUUAGCACUUCAAUGCAUGUUUUUUUCAGCCAAUAAACCUUUUCUUCAUCAAUGUGUUCAUUUGAAUGUUCUGCUUGUGUUUUCUGAUGGAUUAAGUGUGUUGUUAGUGCCUCUAAUUAUGGUCUCGUUAAUUUGUCUUUUAGUUACCAAGAAUUGUUCCUCCACACCUAGUAGAACACAAAUUAGACUUUAUAGAAUUCAAUGUACAAAGUAAUUUGCAAUUCUGAUGAGCCUGCUUUUUCAUCAUUCACUCAGCAUUCCAAUGACGUUUAUUGAUUGCCUUAUGAGAAUGAGGUGUAAUCUCUUUGAGGGCUGCUUCACUAGCACUUCUGACACAUUUCAAAAGCAGAGCAAAUGGAAAAUCUUGCCCUACAAGAAACUUGCAAAAGUCACAGAUAACUUUGAUCAGUCUCAUUGUCUUGGAAAAAGAGGCUUUGCCACUGAAUAUUACGGAAAACUUGCAGAUGGGCGUGAGAUUACAAUCCAGUGCUUCAACGAAGAUAAGCACCACAUAUUGCAACAGUUUAUCAGUGAAACUACUAUCCUAAAUUACUUGCCUCACAAAAAUAUUGUGUCAAUUUAUGGAUGUGCUUCUCAUCACGAGGAAUCUAUGCUAGUCCAUGAAUACUUAUCCAAUGGAAACCUUGCUGCUCAUCUUAAAACUGAAGACGAAAACACCACACUACCUUGGCUGACACGAUUUGACGUAGCCAUUGAUAUUGCAAAUGCAUUGGACUAUCUUCACUAUAAUGGCAUCAUCCACCGCAAUGUGAAGUCCAGCAAUAUUCUCCUAGAUGUGAACUUUUCUGCUAAACUUGCAAAUCUUCAUUUAUCAUGCAAACUUCCAGAUGGAGUUCCUGUCUAUGCAGCCCAUGUUACUAAUGAUAUAAUUGGAACAUGUGGUUACAUCGACCCAGAUUAUUUGACAAAAGGCCAGCUUAGUGUAAAAAAUGAUGUGUAUAGCUUUGGGGUGGUGCUGUGUGAGCUUCUAUCAUCAAAGCUGGCAAAAUCCUGGGUUCUGAAUGAGGAGGACGAUCUCGCUACACUUUUAAGAACAAAAAUUGAAAAGCAAGCUGUGGUGGAGCUGUUGGAUCCAAGACUUGACUUCCAAUCUAACCAUAAGAUCAAGAGGAUGAUGACUGCUACAGCUGAGCUUGCACUUUUGUGCAUGCAAUGUCCACAAGAAUUAAGGCCAAGCAUGGAACAGGUGCUAGAGAUUCUCAAAGGUAUAAAGCAAGGGAGACAUGAAACAAACGCAACAAAAGCUUUGAAAAUCUUCCACCAUGGUGAACUUGAAGAAGCUACAAACAAUUUUGAUACUUGCCUUGGAAAGGGAGGCUAUGGCACCGUGUACUAUGGAAAACUUAAGGAUGGAAGAGAGGUGGCAAUAAAAUGUUUCCAUGAAGAGAGUGAGACAGAAAAGAUCAUUGAGCAAUUCAUGAAAGAAACUGAGGUAUUGGUUUGGUUGCAGCAUAAAAAUCUGGUUUUACUUUAUGGUCGCACUUCUCGCCAUAGCAAUAAACACAUGCUAGUGUACGAAUACAUCUCCAAUGGCACUCUUUCUAAACAUCUUCAUGACUCUUCCUGUGAUAAACUACCAUGGCAUACUAGAUUGAACAUUGCCAUCGAAACUGCAACUGCAUUAGUAUAUCUGCAUGACUCAGGUAUCAUCCACCGAGAUGUGAAAGGGAGUAACAUUCUGUUGGACGAAAAUUUUACUGUUAAAGUUGCAGAUUUUGGAUUCUCACGGUAUCUCCCAGAUUAUGCCACGCACGUUUCCACUAUUCCAGUAGGAACUCGUGCUUACAUAGAUCCUGACUACUAUGAAUCUGGAAGGGUCUGUGACAAAAGUGAUGUCUAUAGUUUUGGGGUGGUCUUGUUUGAACUUAUAUCUUCCAACUCGCCAAGUUUAGUUGAAGGAACAGAUUACGUUACUCUUGCACAGUUUGCAAAGAGAAAAAUAUUAAACAAGGAAUUAAACGCGGUAGUGGAUCCAAGCUUUUGGUUUGGUGUUGACAGAAACAUGAUGGAAAUGAUAACAGCAGUGGCAGAGUUAGCAUUUCAGUGUGUGCAGUGUCCCAAGGUACUCAGACCUUCCAUGAAACAGGUGCUGGAGACACUUGAGGGCAUUAGCAAAGGAACAUGGGGAUUCAACCAGAUAACAUAGUCUUUGUUCCUUCUGCCAACAAGCAUGAUUCUUCCAAACCAUUCUUUUGGUUGAAUAGAUAUGGAGUCUUUUUGCUCUAGUGUAGUAAUUUGAGGUUAGCCAUGCAUCUUGCAAAUGACGUGCAUGCAAAAUAUUAGGUUGAAAAGAAGCUUUUGAUUUGGGGUGUGUAUUCUCUAGCUUGAUUACUUCUUUUGAGCCACAUUGAACAUGUAUCCUCGUCUCUCAUUGAAUUCAUGUUCAAUGUUUACUGUAGUUUCAACAUGUAUAUAUUCCCAUAUAUAUUACACUUUCAAUCAUCUUUUCCUUCGUUCGUUCAGA